CUGCAUCAUCUGAACUGAUGUCACAGCAUCAUGCAGCAGGUCACACAAGGCACCUCCUAGUAUUGCAUCUUACAGAUGUGCCGUAAACAUCAAAAGAGGAUGAUUUGAACAGGACAUGCUAUUUUUGAAAGAAGUAUGGUUUAGACUUUCACAUGUUAGCCAUGGAUGUAGCACUUUCUCCCAUGAGAACACAAGAACUGGAUCCGAUGCCAUCUGAUGCCUCUCCCAUGCUCAUAAACAUGACUCCUACAGUGGAACAAGAUGGGGAAGGGGAUGUCAUGAAGGACCUUGACUCUGGCCAGCAGUAUGAAAAGCCUCCUCCUCUACACACUGGGGCUGAUUGGAAGAUUGUCCUCCACUUGCCAGAAAUUGAGACCUGGCUUCGGAUGACAUCUGAAAGAGUCAGAGAUCUGACCUACUCGGUCCAGCAGGACUCGGAUAGCAAGCAUGUGGAUGUGCAUCUCGUACAGCUGAAGGAUAUUUGUGAAGAUAUAUCUGAUCACGUUGAACAAAUUCAUGCUCUGCUAGAGACUGAGUUUUCCCUGAAGCUUCUGUCUUAUUCUGUCAAUGUGAUAGUUGAUAUCCAUACAGUGCAACUACUCUGGCACCAGCUACGUGUUUCUGUCCUGGUUCUGAGAGAGCGUAUUCUCCAGGGACUACAAGACGCCAAUGGAAACUACACCAGGCAGACUGAUAUUCUGCAAGCAUUUUCUGAAGAGACUAAGGAGGAUCGCCUUGACUCUUUAACUGAAGUUGAUGAUUCUGGACAGUUAACCAUCAAAUGUUCUCAAAAUUACUUGUCCCUGGAUUGUGGUAUUACUGCAUUUGAACUAUCUGACUACAGUCCUAGUGAGGAUUUGCUUGGUGCUCUGGAUGAUAUGACCUCCAGUCAAGGGAAGGCAAAAUCAUUUGAAUCCUGGAACUGCAGUGAGAUGGAUAAGGAAUUUCCAGGACUUAUCAGAAGUGUGGGUUUACUUGCAGUAGCAACAGAUUCCAUUGCUCCCCAGUGUAAUGAAACAUUGAAGGAGAAAGAAAAUCCUGUACCUCUUUCAGCAGAAGAUGGAGAAGAAAGCAAAGACAAGAAAGCAUCACAUGACCUCUCACUAGUAUCUCCUUCUGCAAAUUCCUCUCUUUCUAAAGGUGAUUACUCUGAAAAUGGUGUUUUACCUACAGACAGCAAAGCAGUUUCUGUAUCAAAGAAUCCAGAAUGCAAUCUUCCACAGCACACUGGGGAAAAAAUCAAACACUGUGAAAAUUCAACACCUAAGAGGUCCAUAAGAGACUGCUUUAACUAUAAUGAAGACUCCCCUACGCAGCCUACGUUGCCAAAAAGAGGUCUAUUUCUGAAAGAUGAUGUGUUUAAAGAUUAUAUGGAAGCCAAUGGUCUAAAAAGGCAAAUCUCUCAAAUAGUUAAAAAUGAAAUGAGUAGAAGUACACCCUCAUUGUUAGAUCCACCAGACAGGUCCAAGCUUUGCCUGGCUUUACAGUCGCCCUAUACUAACAGCCCAUCUGCAGUUAGUCAGUCGUACGAUUGCUUAAAUACAAUAAGUGAUAAAAAUCUUGAGUACACAAUAAAUAAUCACUUUAAAGACAGUCCCAUAAUUCUAGGAAAGUCUACUUUCUACACUAGUAAAGAAAAAUCAAAGCACAAUAAGUCUCAUGAUUCUCCAGAGAAAGUGAAAACUGACAGAACACCUGGAAGUAUAUGUAAAACAGCUCCAUCAACACAAGGCAAGAAAAGAGGAUGUUCUCUACAGAAUGGGAUUACUUCUCAUAACUCUAAGUCUCUGGAGGAGACAGAAACAGAUUCUUCUGCAUCGUCAGAUUCUUGUAACCAGAGAGAUCCAAACGGGCAAUCACAAGGUAAAGCUGAGCCCUUCAGUUCAGCAACGCAUAGCCAAAAGAGUGCUUCUUCAGCUGGUUCUGAGCUUUCCAACUCAUCCCCUCUUCUACUGAGAAGAAAGAAAAAUAAAAGCUUAUCCUCAACACCACAUUAUACUCAAAAAACCAGUAAGGACAGUAGUGAGGUGUGGUAUGGAUCUGAUGAAUAUUUAGCACUUCCUUCACAUCUCAAAGAGACUGAAGUAUUAGCUUUAAAACUAGAAAAUUUGACCAAGUUGCUGCCCCAAAAGCCCAGAAGGGAAACCAUUCAAAACAUUGAUGACUGGGAGCUGUCAGAAAUGAACUCAGAUUCAGAAAUGUAUCCAACAUACCAGACAAAAAAGCACAAAAAAAGGGGCAGAAUUUCACCAAGUUCUUCAAGUGAUAUAGUAUCCUCCUUAGGUGACAGUAUUGAAUCUGGGCCUCUCAGUGAUAUUCUCUCUGAUGAAGAUCUUUGUAUGCCUGCAUCUUGCAUUAAAAAAUACAUUGAAGAAAAGUCAGAAAGAACUGCUGCCACUCAGCUCACUGGGAAUGAGACUUCUCCUUCAAAUAAAUCAGCUUUAAUUCAUCAACUGAUGCAAGAUAUACAACAUCAAGAGAAUUAUGAAACCAUAUGGGAAAAAAUUGAGGGGUUUGUAAGCAAGCUGGAUGAAUUCAUUCACUGGUUAAAUGAAGCCAUGGAAACAACAGAGAAUUGGACUCCUCCUAAAGCAGAUACAGACAGCCUUAAACUGUACCUGGAGACACACUUGAGUUUUAAGUUGAACGUAGAUAGCCACUGUGCUUUAAAAGAAGCAGUGGUAGAGGAAGGACGCCAACUUCUUGAGCUUAUUGUAUCUCACAAAUCAGAAGGACUGAAGGACAUGCUGCAGAUGAUUGCAAGUCAAUGGAAGGAACUACAGAGGCAAAUCAAACGGCAACACAGCUGGAUUCUUAGGGCUCUGGAUAUCAUCAAAGCAGAGAUACUGGCUACUGAUGUGUCUGCAGAGAAUGAGGAAGGGACUGGGAGCCCUAAGGCUGAGGUUCAGCUAUGCUAUCUGGAAGCACAAAGAGAUGCUGUUGAACAGAUGUCCUUAAAACUGUACAGUGAGCAGUACAACAGUAGUAGCAAGCGAAAGGAAGAGUUUGCUGAUAUGUCAAAAGUUCACACAGUGGGAAGUAAUGGCCUUUUGGACUUUGAUUCAGAAUACCAGGAGCUCUGGGAUUGGCUGAUUGACAUGGAAUCCAUCGUGAUGGACAGCCAUGACCUGAUGAUGUCAGAGGAGCAGCAGCAGCAUCUUUACAAGAGAUACAAUGUAGAAAUGUCAAUCAGGCACCCGAAAAAGAUGGAACUGCUUAGUAAGGUUGAAGCUCUGAAGAAAAGUGGUGUUUUACUACCAAACGAUCUCCUUGAAAAAGUGGAUUCAAUUAAUGAAAAAUGGGAACUGCUUGGGAAAACCCUAGGAGAGAAGAUCCAAGACACAAUGGUAGGGCACAGUGGGUUAGGUCCACGUGACCUGCUCUCGCCUGAAAGCGGCAGCCUGGUAAGGCAGCUGGAGGUCAGGAUCAAAGAGCUGAAAGGGUGGCUGAGAGAUACAGAGCUUUUCAUCUUCAAUUCCUGUCUGAGACAAGAAAAUGAAGGAACAAUGAAUGCUGAGAAACAACUGCAAUAUUUUAAGUCUCUCUGCUCUGAGAUCAAGCAGAGGCGCCGUGGGGUUGCCUCUGUGCUGCGAUUAUGCCAGCACCUCCUGGAUGAUCAGGAAACCUGCAACCUAAAUGCAGAUCACCAGUCCAUGCAGCUGAUAAUCGUAAACCUUGAGAGAAGGUGGGAAGCCAUUGUCAUGCAAGCUGUCCACUGGCAAACCAGGCUACAGAAGCGACUAGAAAAAGACUUGGAGCCCCUAAAUGUUAUUGAUCCCAGUUUGAUGGAUCUAAAUGGUCCAAGUGAAGAUGCACUAGAAUGGGAUGAAACUGACAUAAGUAAUAAGCUGAUCAGUAUUCACGAAGACUUAAGUGAUCCUGAUCAGGAGCUCAAGGAUGAUCUAAACCAGAAACCUGCUUCAGAAGAAUGUGGUGAUAAUGAUGUGAAUGAAGAUGAAAAUAUCAGUAAUCGUGGAAUUCCUCUUUAUUCUCCCAACAUUACUUCCCCUCCAAAUCCUCACAUCUAUCAGGUCUAUAGUCUUCAUAAUAUUGAAUUAUCAGAAAAAAAACAUAUGCCUUUUUUGAAAAAAACAUCCAGACUCUCGGAUGUAAUGCAGUCUAACAUUUUAAACAAAAGUCUUAGUAAAGACUCAUCAUUUUCAUCUACCAAAUCCCUGCCAGAUCUAAUAGGAGGGACCACAUUGGCAAAACCAUGUAACUACAUGUAUCAGAGUGGAAACAUAAGCAGGCAUUCUGAGAGUGAGAGUGGGAUAGUGAGUGAAUGUGAUACAGAAACUACUAAUAAUUCAGAAAUUUUUUUGCUAAAUGAUAUUGAAAGCAGUCAGAGUAAUCCUGAAAUAGGGCAUGUGGAAAGUCAAGUGGAUGAUGUAAUAAAACCAAAACUAAAGCAAGAUGAAGAAGAUCAUACUAGUCUUUCAGACGAUUUCCAAUUGGCUCCUUCUGCAUAUUGUGGAAGUGAAAAUGAUGAGAAUUUGGACAGCAUUACCAUGUCUAACCCUGGUUGUCUAGAAGAAUUGCAAGGAAAACAUGAAGUGUUUACAUUUUAUGAUUACUCAUAUCUUCAAGGCUCCAAAUUCAAAUUACCAGAGAUAAUCAAACAAUCACAGAUUGAAAAGACACAUACAGAGGGUAGUUUGUUUCAUGACUUUUGUUUUGACAAAAUACCUGGCAAAUCUGAACAUAGGUCUGGAGAGUCACAACCAGAUGGGUUUAUUCAUGAUCAUACCCUGGCAAAUAUCUGUGGAGAAUCAGAUCCCAAUUCCUGUAAAUCCACAGAAACUGUAAGAAAAUUACCUGUUACAGAGAAUAUAAGACAGGUUUCAACUUUAUCUCAUAGUUCUUCUUUAGAAUCUCUGUCUGUAGUAGGUGAUUUGUUCAGCUCAGGUAUUUUUAAAAGUGGAGAUGGUCUUCAGCGAAGCACCUCUUUGGAGAGCUGGCUGACUUCCUACAAAAGCAAUGAAGACCUUUUUAGUCAUCAUGGCUCUGGAGACAUAAGCGCAAGCAGUGAUUCUGUUGGAGAGCUCAGUAAAAGGACAUUAGAUCUUUUGAAUCGCUUAGAGAAUAUCCAGAGUCCUUCAGCUCAAAAAAUAAAGCGAAGCAUCUCUGAUAUAACACUCCAAAGUAGCUCUCAAAAAAUGUCUUUUACUGGACAGAUGUCUCUAGAUAUUGCAUCUUCAAUCAAUGAAGAUUCAGCAGCUUCUCUCACUGAACUCAGCAGCAGUGAGGAUCUUUCUCUCUGCUCUGAAGACAUUGUACUACACAGAAAUAAAAUACCAGAUUCAAAUGCAUCAUUUAGAAAACAUCUUAAUAGAUCUGUAGCUGAUGAGAGCGAUGUCAAUGUCAGCAUGAUUGUUAAUGUCUCCUGCACUUCUGCUUGUACUGAUGAUGAAGAUGACAGUGAUUUGCUUUCAAGUUCCACCCUUACCUUAACUGAGGAAGAGCUAGGUAUCAAAGAUGAAGAUGACGACUCCAGUAUAGCAACUGAUGAGGAUAUUUAUGAAGAAUGCAAUUUAAUUUCAGGACUUGAUUAUAUAAAAAAUGAACUCCAAACCUGGAUUAGACCAAAAUUUUCCUUGACAAGGGAGAAGAGAAAAAGUAACCUCAGUGAUGAAAUUCAGCGCAGUAAAGAAGUUUGUAAUGAGACAUCAAAAGCCACAGAUACAUUAAACAUUGAAACACUAUUGAAUGGUUCAGUACAGAAAAUAUCAGAAAAUAAUGGCAAUAGUAAGAAUAUACCGCGUGACCGUGAAAAAGGGACAAAGAGUCACCCAAUCAAAGACAUCUCUCAGGUUGUGAAGGAUCAGCUUGUGGAUGAUAUGGAGAAUGGCAAUGUUGAAAAUACUCUUGGCAGUCAAAAGGAAGGUCUUGUUAAAGUAGCAGCAACCCUCAAAACUCAUGCAUCACUUGAUGUCAGAGAAGCUGAAAAUGAAUGUGGUGUCUGUGAAGCAUUUACAGAUAGUUCAGAUGAUUCACAUAUGGAUGGCAAGGAGACUGUUCUGUCCUCAGCUGGAUCCAGAAGCUCUCCAAGAGAAUGUCAAAGUCAUCUUCAGCCUGAUCAUCACUCUGUUCCUUCCUCUCCUGCAAAAAAGCCUUGCCUUGAAUCUUCCUCAGAAAUUAAUUCUGUAGGUGUACAGGACACAGCUUUACAGCCAUCCUUACCUAAUUGUCAACAGCAUAGAAUAAACACUGAAAAAAUUCCUGAUUGCUGUGCAGCCUUGAAAUCCAGUGAAGUAGAAUGCAACGCAUCAGCCAAUGGUCUUGAUUUGUGCUGUAACUGUGAAUCGGCUGAUUUUGAUAAAAAAACCAUGGAAGAUGGCUCAGUACACAAUUUUGUGAGGGAGAUAAUAGACAUGGCAUCAACAGCUUUGAAAAGUAAGUCACAACCAGAAUGUGAGUCAUCUGCUCCAGCUUCAUUAGCGCAGAUCAAGGAAAAAGUGUUAGAACACUCUCACAGACCCAUCCAGCUAAGAAAAGGGGACUUCUAUUCUUAUCUUUCACUUUCUUCUCAUGAUAGUGACUGUGGAGAGGUAAUCAAAUACAUAGAGGAAAAGAGCAGCACUCCUGUGCCACUGGAUUUCACAGAUGAGAGAGAAAAUAUUGAAUGCUUCUUUGAAGCCUGUCCUGAGGAAGAACGGGUUGAGCAGCAGCAGCAGUCUAUUUCUAAUGGUUCUUCUGAAGCACAAGUAGAGCAGCAGCAACCUAUUUCUAACCCUAUUUCUGAAACAUCUGUGGAGUCACUAGGUGAAGUGGGUCCAGAGUCAUUAGAAGUUAAAACUUCUUCUGAAGGUAGGGAUUUAUCUUUCUUAUGUGGGGAUGGCAAUGAUAUAAAUGUUCCAAAUACUAACAAACAUUGUGCAUCAAGCAAUUUGAAAAAUGCUGAUGAUAAUUUGCUGUUUUCAGAUGGAAAAACUGAAAGUUUGGAAAAGAAUUCUCCAGAAAUUAGCACUAAAGAGAAUAGUGCAGGAAAAUCACCUGGAACAGCAGAGAAAAAAGGAUGUGUUGCUGCUUCUGAAGAGGCUUCAGCUACAGAGUUUCAGAUAAAGCUUGGCCAUUCACAGAAAAAGGAUUUUUUGCAUCAGAACAGAAAAACUCUUACUUGUGAAGAAAAUCUCCUGAAACUUCAUAAGGACAGACAUAUAAAUAUGCACAGAUAGAAUGUAACCCUCUCCAGGCACAUAGAUUAUUCUAAAAACAGGUAUGUACUCUACAAGUUGCACCUUUUUUUUACUUUUUUUUUUUUUAAACUUUUUUGUACAAUGAAAGUUGAGUCAUCAGCCGGGGCUUCUGUUUCAUGAUAGUGCUAUAUCAUUUGUUUUGAUUACACUAUAAUCCCAGUUUACAUGCCACUAGUCAACAAAUGCAGUGAAUACUAAUUGCUUUUUGCCCUUUGGCUUUGCACUGACUGGAGCUGCUCCCUUCUGGAACAAGUCUGCUAUCUUGCAGAACCUGGGAAUUCUUCAAACAUAAUAUAUCAGCCUCCUUUCCAUCCUCAGCUGAGGGAACCAGAAACCAGCUCUGCUCAUUGAUGCCUUUCUCUGCAGUCAGCUGGUCUUAGGAGGAAUUCAAAAGCAUUUGAUGAAGCUGAACUUCCAGUUCUACAAGAACUAAUUUAUUUAACUAGUGAGUUCUACAAUAUUUCCAGACAAAUCAUGAAGAAUGGCUAAGCAGACUGGAGAAUAGAGAGAUAAUAAGUCAUCUCUUGUUGUCAGUUUACCAUGCUCUAAAUUCAGUAAGCCACUAUUAAGAACACAAUUCUUACAACACAGUGUUAGGCCAAAAGCUGAGGUUGCCAAAACAACAAAUCUUUACAACUUCCUGAAAGUGUAUAAUGUGAGGGUAAUGGAGAUGGAAACUGAUAGUCAACCAGCAGUACUGCAAUCUUUGGUUCUAUUUUGUGGUAAGCAUUUUGAAACAUGUAUGAGAUGGUGGAACCUAAGGUAAAAAGGUGGUCCUGAUCUCUACCAAAGUUUGAAAGUGGUUCAAAUCUGGACUUUCUGACCUCACAUAAAUGUCGAACAAUAACUGCACAUUUAACAACAGAUGAGGAUCUCCAAAGCAACUUUUGGAUCAGCUCCUAGCAUGCAGCACUGCUCCUUUGAGUCUCACUAGUUUGGUGACCCAAAAGCCAGCACAGCUCUAUCAAAUGCACUAGUCUUUGGAAACACUCCUCCAGUAGACCACAGCCAGAAUGGCAACUCAAAUGCCAAUCCAAUUCCAAAUGCCACUGCUUGCCAGAAGCUGUAGCAAGGGAAUUUCAAUAAAACACAAGGCUAAGCAUGGGACAGGUUUCCCUGAGAAGUUCUUGAAUCUCCACCUGUGGAGAUUUUCAAAAUUCAAGUGGAUGUGGCCCUGAAUAUUCUUUUCUACCUUUGAAAACAGCCUUCCUUUGAACAGGAGGUUGCACCAGUUGAUGUUCAAGUUUCCUUCCAACCUAAGUUAUGCUAUGAUUCCAUGAUGUUGCCAGGAGAAAAGGCUGUUAUUCAUCACUGCCCACGGAAACCAUUAGUACUCUCCUGUUGCAAACCAUGUAGCUGUAGCAGAGGAUCUCAUCCAAUUUAUAAAAAAAACAUUUCUUUGCUGCUCUUAGAGAUCUAACUUCCUCAUUUUUGAUUUUGGUGUGUUGUAUUACUAUGCUUUGGGCUUUUCAUUUAUUGGUUGUUUACCCAGCAUUCACAUUCAUGUAUAUAUAUCUAGCAAAGCCUUUAGGUUAUGACAACAAUAGCUUGCCGCUAUCUCAACACAUCUCUGACUAAUGCAUUAUCUUGGAACCAUCAUAGCAAAGAGGAUAUUUCUGGAAUGGCUUUGAAAUAGGCUAUCAUGACCUGCUGAUUACCAAUUAGGUUAAUACUUGGACACAUCCAAACAACUGGAGAAGUAAUGGAAAUCAACUAUGAAUUACAAAAGUCAUAGAUGAUACUAUGUAUUCUAGAAUUAAAUUCAAUGGAUUAGGUGUAUAUAAAAGCCUCUAUCUGGAAAUUGAGAUGAUGACAAAAGUCUGAGGUUGUUAACUGAAAAUGAUGUAAACAUAAGCUUUCCAAGUUACUGUUUUAUUAGUUUUCUUAUUUUUUCCACUCAUUUUUAUAAUAUUAUUUUGAGGAAAAAUGCUUGCUGUAGUGAGUGUGAUUUUAUCCUUGUUCUCAUUCUUUCACUGAUGAAGAUAAUGACAUGUCUUUUCAAUUUAUCAAUACUUUUCCUCUGAGGAUCUCAAAAUACUGCAUAAACUUACCUCACUCUUCAGAACUUCAUAGUUACUUGCAUGAUAGCCAGAUGGUUUUAUUUAUAAGACUGGAUAUAAAAAAUAUGCAGUUUGUGUGAGGACUAAGAUUGGACAUGCAGAAUAGAUUUAAUAAUAAAUGUCCCACAAUGCAAUAAAAUAUAAUGCAGAAUCUGUAUACAACAACUUAAUAGGGUUAUGUUAUAGCUUCCACUUUUGCCCAGGGGUUAACAUAUUAUUUUAAGAGAACAAAGCCCUUCACACUACAUUCCCACCUUUUCUACACAGGAAGAUACACUGGUUCUUAACUUGUACAUAUAGCAUUACUUCCUUGGGAACUAUGUACUGUAUCAUUCCCAGUAGUAAAGUUCUAGAAUACAUAUAGUUUAUCUCUGACACACCAAAAAUAAAAAUAUGAGCUGCUAGGUUUGGUUUCACUAAAGUCUGAGCUCCCUUCCCCCAUUCACAAGCUUGAUGCUUUAACUUCAUCUCUCAUGCUAUGGGGAAUGAAUUACAGAAGCAAUCUAUCCUAAUUUGUUAACUUAUUCAAAUAACAGUUAUUAUACUUAACUAUGCUAAAGAUUAUCUUUUUGGUGGCAGAUUGUUUAUUUUUUGAUGAGGCUAAUUACUGAUUUUCCAAAGGUAAUUUACAUUUAUUACUAAUACAUCUUUUAAAAUGUGACAGAUAAAUGUUGUUCCCAUAAGUGUAUUAUGAAAAAAGUUACUAUUUAAAAACACAUUAUUUAAUUUGAAAGAUAAAUGGCAAACACCAUUAUUUUUCCUGAAGCACCUGUGCUGUAAGCUCAUUUAAAUGUGUAAUUCCAUGUGUAGCUGCAAUACUUAGAAAGAAAAAAAUCUAUAGUAUAUGUGUACCUUAAAUGUAUAAUGAGAAUUCAAAGCUGAAAAAGGCAUGGUUUCAAAUGUAGGUUGAUUUUGUACUGUUUUAGUAUUUACUUUGGCUGUACAGGAGAAUAAAACUAAUAGUGAAUAAAUAUUUUUGUCAAAUAUUGCAAUCCCGUUGUUUAACAGUGUGCUACAAAAAAAAAAACCAAACCAUUGUGGGAAAAUUAUAACAAUUCUAUGGGCAGGCUCAAAAAUAUCUCUGACAGCACUGACUAGUCUUUCACAUGAGCCAACAUGGAGUUCUCCAACAGAGGUGCUCAUAAAACUAUGCUGAUUUUAUUUCUCAGUUAGGGGUCACCUUGAAAGAUCUAUCUGCACAUGAGAUCAUGUGAUCUUCUGCUGUCACUGUGACCCAUGACUCACCAACUGGGAUGGGAACUUUCAGUUACAAAUUCAAUAUGCAUAGAGAUCAAUACAUUCAGGACAUUUAUGUGUUUUAUCCAAAGUAUUUUCCAGAGGAUGCCUUAGAAUUCUGGGUGUAAUCUGUUAGUUCUUGCAACUAAAUCCAAAAAGCUAUUUCCUUACUUCUGUAAUUUAAAUUUAGGUUUUAACUUAAUUUAAGGGAAAAAUAAUUUACUUGCACUUAAGAAAACUAAAUUGAUUUUAUCUGACAGUGCUGCAAUAUUAGAUAGAAUAUUCUGCCACUUAUUAUCACCAGGAGAAACCCAGCACUGAUGCUCAAAGAGCCUGACUGUUAUUUCCUGCUCAGCAAUAGAUUUUUUGUAUGACUUUUUCCUUCCUUGUCUCAGUUUUUUUAGCAACAAGAUAAUGAGAAUAAUGAUCAAUGAGACCUAUGAAGAAUAGCUUAUUUACUUAAAAGUAUUUUGAGAUCCACAGAUAAAAGAUGGUGCAUAAAUGCAAAGGACUGUUAGCUAUUUAUUUACUACAGAAAAAAAAAAAAAAACAAGUUUACAUAAUAGUUAUUAUAUAUUAAUUUACUUUUAGAGACUGGAACUACAAUAAUAAUCUAAAUGUUUGCUUACUUUUUUUUUCCCUAGAGAUUUUUAUAGGGAAGUAAAUAAUAUAAAGUUUCUUUAUAGAGUUUAAAACAGUCUGACUUUUUAGCUCCUUACAAUACCCGAUUUUAAAAAAGCUAAAUAAAGAGAGAAUCAUGUAUUGAAAUCUAUGAAUUACAUAAUUUUUGAAAAACUUGACAUAAUCCAUCAGUGAGACUUUUCUUGCUCAUGCCAGAACUGUAGAAAGCUUUUGAUACAAUCUUCCCCUUUAUUCAGAUCAGUUCUUCAUUAAUAUCUAAACAGAUGGUUGAGCUUUUCACUAUUUUCAAGUAAGUGUAUUUCUUGUAUAAAUGGGGAGGAAUGUGGUCAGUUACAGCAAAGAAGAUCAAAGGAGAUGGUAACUGGAUAGAUCCAGAUAUUCCUGCUUAACUUGGAAGGCACAUAAUGCAUGUCUGGAGUGCCUCCUAGGAAAUGCCUAUGAGAUGUACUUUGCACUAAUCUUUGAGCUGUAUUCUGACAGUUAUUUUUUCAUAAUUCUCAUCAUAAGCCAAUGCUCUUUGUUGAAUAGCUUAACUCUAAACUCUGAGCUGGAUAAUUCUGUAGUAUGCAAAUUCAACUCAUUGCUGGUACUAGAAAUGUCUAAAUAGCUAUUUACAAUUUAAAAAUGCAAUGAUGACACUGACAAUUCUAUUCACAGACCACUUCUGUGACAAUCUUUUCCUCCUCUCCAUUGAAGUCCCAUUAUAUAUGUUUGCACAAAUAUUAAAAUAAUUGUUGGAUAGAUCUUUUUGUUGCUUGACUUUUGAAAAUUUCUAUGUUUUCAUUGGUUGGUGCACUUCUGAGUGUGCUGAAGGUAAGUUUGCAGGUAAGGAUGAAGACAAAUCCAGGGAAAAGGUCUGAUGUGAUGAAUACCCUUGUUUCUUUAGAAAAACAGUCUUUAGGAAAAUCAGUGACUUUUCUACAUCAGUUCAUUUUUUUACACUAACUUGUACCUCAGGCUAUUAAUAGUCAUUGUUUGCUUACUGUAUGCUUCUGCAUUAAAGGCUCUGGCAUGUGACCAUUAAUGGCUAUCUAUUAUUGUUCUGGAAGACCUAUGUUUGGAAAAUAAAACUUCAUUUUCUGUAACCUACUAUUACUUUUUUGUUUCCUUUUAGAAACUUGGCUGCAAUUCAGGUGCAGGUUCAUCCUGUAAACCCUGGGAUGACCUCCAAUUCCAUUGUAUCACUGCCUUUCAUUAGACUGACUCCCAAGACAAUUUUUUUUUCCAAAUGUUGUUUGUCCAUGUUGGCUUUGUGGUCAGGCUGCAUAUGCUAUUCCUAUUUCAGUGAUCAUUUCUUUUGUAGCAAGGCCAUUUGCUUUCAUAUGGAUUCCACUCCCAAGCUACCUCUAAUGACCUUCCCUUCCUAAAUUGGAUGCUCCUGUGCUACUUAUCACUGGUUCUGUUCGUUAAAGUUCUAUAGAAUUCACGAUCAGCCUGGUUCAUCUUUUCAGAGUUGUACCUGUCAGUACUCUUCUAUUUUAUGUAACAAAUUUAAUAUUUAUCUGUAUAAUGCAUAAGUUUAUUGAAACUAUUUUGCUUUUAAAGUGACUAUUUUGUUGGAUUGCAGCAAAAAGAAGUCAUUGGUCCUCCUGAUUCAAUACAUCUAAAAAUUAAGCAAUUAAAAUAAAUGGAAUUUUAUUUAUUGAAUUUAAAAAUUUAAUCUAUGCAACACUUCAAGAAACAACUACAUAGUGUUGUAUAUUAGAAACUGUUGACAUUCUACUGAAUUAAGUAUUGCAUUUUGGGUUUUUAUGCUUCUUGAGGUGGUAAUGAGAAAAAAAGUUUUUAAAAAAUGUGUGCCUUGCUGUAUUUCUUAUACCAUUUAUUAAAAAGCUGCUUUCACAGUAAAAUUAUGUUGGUUUGAAAGGAGGAAAUAGCAAGGUUAAGAUGUGUGAAUAAUUUCUGUAUAUAUGUAUAACCAACUGCAAACAUUGAUGUAUAAUGACAGUAUAAAAUGCUUUCAUGUUUGUGAUGUCCAGUGAUGUGGAAAUUAUAAGCCUUAAAAUCAUUAGAUUGCAUGGUAAUUAGAAUUGGCAUAAUAAACAUAGUUUACUGGGGAAAAAAUAAA